AUGUAUCACACAUCAGCCAAUUCUGCUCUUUCGCUAACUCGCGUUCAGCCUGAAACAAUAUUAGCAAACGUGGGAUACGAGCAAGAAACGCGAAAUGGCGAGACCACGGAUACACUGUCAAAACAACCAGGAAGCAUCGGAGAAACGGGGAGCGCAUCGCCGACGCAAGACAACUUAUCAGGAAACAGGAACAGAUGGCGGCUUCGUAGGAGCAGCUCGACACAAGGCAAAAGCAAUGAACUGGCUUCUUGUCUGGGGGAUGACGAAGACGGGGGUGGAAGGCGCGGAGGGCUGGAGGGGAAGGACCCAGAGACGAACGACCCUGUUCACCUCAAGAGACGGGUGGGACUCGUCAGUGGGGUGGCUUUAAUUGUCGGGACCAUGAUCGGUUCAGGAAUAUUCGUAUCGCCGACGGGUUUGUUAAUCCGCACUGGCAGCGUCGGCAUGAGUUUCCUGGUAUGGACCGCGUGCGGAGUACUGAGUUUGUGCGGAGCGUUAGCUUAUGCUGAACUAGGUACGAUGAACACCAGCAGCGGGGCUGAGUACGCGUAUUUUAUGGACGCAUUUGGAGCACCACCGGCAUUUCUAUUCUCCUGGACAUCGACGCUCGUUCUCAAGCCCUCGCAGAUGGCGAUAAUAUGCCUCUCGUUUGCCCAGUACGCUGUUGAAGCAUUUGCCGCGGAGUGCGAACCGCCAGAACAUCUUGUUAAAAUCGUCGGGCUUCUUGCAAUCACGGUUAUUCUGCUCAUUAAUUGUUACAGCGUUAAUCUUGCGACUGGCGUACAAAACACUUUCACGGCUGCCAAGCUCAUUGCUAUACUUGUCGUAAUAGCCGGUGGCUCGUGGUCACUUGCCAAAGGCAAUACUCAACAUCUGCAAGGUGCAUUUAAAAUGUUAGAUGAAACCGACACCCUGACUAUCGGAAGACUUGCGACUGCAUUUUAUACCGGUCUUUGGGCUUACGAUGGAUGGAACAAUCUUAAUUAUGUUACGGAAGAAAUUAAAGAUCCUUCCAAAAAUUUACCCAGGUCUAUUAUGAUCGGAAUUCCUCUUGUCACCGUAUGCUACGCUCUUAUUAAUCUUUCUUAUCUGGCUGUCAUGUCACCCAUGGAAAUGAUUGAAAGUGAAGCUGUAGCAGUUACCUUCGGGAAUCGUAUUCUUGGAGUAGUGGCUUGGCUGAUGCCCUUCUCAGUAGCUGUAAGUACCUUUGGAUCAGCAAACGGAACCCUUUUCGCUGCUGGAAGACUGUGUUUCGCUGCCUCACGACAAGGUCAUCUUCUUGACUGUCUAAGUUAUGUUCACGUUCGACGUUUUACCCCAGCACCUGGGCUUAUUUUUCACUCUUUAGUGGCAGCCGCAAUGGUGUUGUCUGGUAACAUCAACUCACUAAUUGACUUCUUUUCCUUCACUGCAUGGAUAUUCUACGGAGGUGCGAUGCUCGCGUUACUAGUUAUGCGCAAGACACGACCUAAUCAUCCUCGUCCUUACAAAUGUCCGCUUGUUAUACCAAUAUUUGUGCUAGGAAUUUCCAUGUACCUGAUAGUUGGCCCAAUAAUUGAUAAGCCUCAGAUUGAGUAUCUGUAUGCCGCGGGAUUUAUCGCUGCUGGCAUGUUUUUCUACCUCCCGUUUGUCAAAUAUGGAUAUGUACCCAAAUUUAUGGGUAUAAGGGGUCAACGUUUUUCUUCAGAUGUUAUUGGAGGUGGCACCAACAGCCGCCUCAUACGAUUGAUUCUUCUUAUAUAUUGA